AUGGUAGAAAUUGCAACGCCCAUUUCCCACGCAUUCCUUUGCCCCAGUUUUCCAUCACUUUCUCCUGCAGUUGUUGGACGAAUUCUGCUGUACGAAGGCAAUCAGAAUGUCUGCUGUGUUCUUUCCUACAAGCCACGACCACGUAGUCUCCCCAUUUUUGUUUUACUUUUUUCGUUUCUUCUUUCUUUUCUUUUUUCUUUCCACUUUCUUUCUUCUUUCUUUUCUUUUUUCUUUCCACUUUCUUUCUUUUCUCGCUUUAUUUAUUGUUUUCUUUUAAUUUCAUUCACUACUAAUUAUUUAGCUUAUUUUUCUUUCGCUUUAUCCACACUUUCUUUUUUAACUGUAUCCACUCUUUCUUUCUUUCUUUCUUUCUUUCUUUCUUUCUUUCACUCUUUCUGUUCCACUCUUUCUUUCCUUCACCGCGUCAACGCUUUCUUUUCUUUCUUUCUUUCUUUCUUUCUUUCUUUCUUUCUUUCUUUCUUUCUUUCUUUCUUUCUUUGCCUAAAACCAGACAGCGCCUCUGAUGUAUCUUUUCUUUCUUUCUUUCUUUCUUUCUUUCUUUCUUUCUUUCUUUCUUUCUUUCACUGUUUCCACGCUUUCCUUCUUUCAAUGUAUCUUUUCUUUCAAUGUAUACCUUCUUUCUUUCUUUCUUUCUUUCUUUUUUUCUUUCUUUCACUGUAUCCACUCUUUCUUUCUUUCUUUCUUUCUUUCUUUCUUUCUCCCUUCUUUCUUUCAAUGUAUCCACUUUUUCUUUCUUUCUUUCUUUCUUUCUUUCUUUCUUUCUUUCUUUCUUUCUUUCUCCCUUCUUUCUUUCAAUGUAUCCACUUUUUCUUUCUUUCUUUCUUUCUUUCUUUCUUUCUUUCUUUCUUUCUUUCUUUCUUUCUCCCUUCUUUCUUUCAAUGUAUCCACUUUUUCUUUCUUUCUUUCUUUCUUUCUUUCUUUCUUUUACUGUAUUUACUCUUUCUUUGUUUCUUUUUAAAUAAGACUUCUCUUCAAUCUGAUUACAUCUAUCUAUCUAUCUAUCUAUCUAUCUAUCUAUCUAUCUAUCUAUCUAUGUGUGCGCUUACACCUCGACUGGUGAGAAGCAAAAUGGUAGCUGAUUACAUCUAUCUAUCUAUCUAUCUAUCUAUCUAUCUAUCUAUCUAUCUAUCUAUCUGUUGGAAUAAUUUUUUUCCCUCUUUGUUAUCUAUCUAUCUAUCUAUCUAUCUAUCUAUCUAUCUAUCUAAAGUUGUAGCCGCUGUCUUUUUGUUAUCGAACUCCUCUUAG